UAAUGGCAUCAUUCAUUCAGACUCUCUUGACUAAAAUUCUACACAUUCUAUACGUUAUUCCAUCAACUAUUUAUGAUAUGAUCAUAUCAAAUUUCUUAACAAAAUAUAGUUAUGAAAGAUUAGUCUUUUAUAUGAACUAAAAAAAUCCAAAAAGAAUCCUAGAUAUUGGUGUAGGAACAGGAUCACCUUUAAAGCAUAUAUGGAAUUAAUUACCAUAAAAUUGUGAAGUCUUAGGAGUGGAUAUUGAUUAAGCCUAUGUUUUAAAGGCAAAUAAUAUUUUCAGAAAUUAUAAUUUAGGUGGACGUAAAUUGGAAAUUAGAUAUCAAAAUUUUUAUGAAGUGUCUGAAAAGAAGGAAGGUAAAUUUGAUGCAGUUGUCUUUUCUUCAUCAUUUAUGCUUAUGCCUAAGAGAAUUGAAGCACUUGAAUUGGCAAAAUCAUUACUUAAUCCAGGAGGAUCAAUAUAUUUCAUAUUGACUCUACAACCAGAUAGUAAAAAAAAUUCAACAUUCUUGUAAUUCGUUGAAUACAUUAAACCUAAAAUCAAGUAUUUCACAACUAUAGAUUUUGGAUAAAUCACAUAUGAAAAAGAGUUUGAGACAUUAUUAAGCAAGACUCAAUUAAAAAUAGUAAACAAGGAGAAAUUAAAUAAGGAUUUCAAUAUUCCAACUAAAAUUUUUAGAGUUUUUGUGUAUGAAACUAAAGCUUGAGU